AUGCCAAAUGAAAAUCAACUAUCUGGAGAGAUUCCUCACAUAAUCGGAAUGCUACCUGAUGUGGAGAGUUUAGACUUGGCAGCAAACAAUCUAAGUGGGUCAAUUCCAAAAGAUCUUGGAGGUUGCUCUAAGUUGAUACAGUUGAAUUUGGAAAACAAUAAAUUUGAGGGGAGUAUUCCUUGGGAGAUAACAAAUAUGAACUCUCUUAAAAACCUUGAUUUCAGUUCUAAUCUGCUGACGGGAGAGAUGCCACCUCAGCUUGCAGAAAUGAAACGUUUAGAAACUCUAAAUCUCUCACAUAAUAAUCUUUCUGGUUUCAUUCUGUCUAAGUUUGAUGAAAUGAAGAGGUUGACAAUGGUUGAUAUAUCCUUCAACCAAUUGGAAGGUCCUAUUCCAAAUUCCAAUGCUUUCCGUGAGGCUUCAUUUGAAGCAUUCAGAAACAACAAAGGCUUGAGUGGUUAUGCCGCUGUUUGCCACUUUGCUCUCAUGGUAAAAGGGGCAACAAAAGAAGUGAAGAAAACAAACAUCCCCGAUGAUCAAGAAACACAAAAUCAGAAUAUGUUUGAAGUAUGGAACUUGGAUGGGAAAAUGGUGUACGAGAACAUCAUUGAAGCAAUGGAGGAGUUUAACUCCAAAUAUUGCAAUGGAGAGGGAGGAACCGGGAGUGUUUACAAGGCAGAGUUAAGCACUGGCCAAGUUGUUGCUGUGAAGAAGUUUCAUACAAACACAAAUGAUGAUGAUCAUCAGAAGUCUCAAUAUCUCAAAGCAUUUACUAGUGAGGUUCAUGCACUAACACAAAUACGACAUCUUAACAUCGUGAAGCUAUAUGGGUUCUUUUCACAUCGAAGGCACUCGCUUUUGGUUUACGAGUUCAUAGAAGGUGGAAGCUUGCGAAAUGUACUUAUGAACAAUGAUGAGGAAGCAAGAGCUUUUGGUUGGAACAAAAAGGUAAAUGUUGUGAAAGGUGUGGCAAAUGCAUUGUCUUUUAUGCACCGUGACUGCUCACCGCCCAUAAUCCAUCGAGAUAUAUCAAUCCCAAAUAUUCUGCUGAAUGCAAAACAUGAUGAAGCUCGUGUUUCUGAUUUUGGGAUGGCUAGACUUCUCAAACCUCACUAA